GUCGCUCGCGCUCUGCAUAUUCUCAUUCCAUGUUAACUUGUAGAGAGAAAUGCGGAGUGCCUGCAGAAGGGUUUCUGCUUUUGUUCUUUCUGGUAUUAACUUCCCUCUUCAGUUCCAUAAAUGCCUGCUCUAAUGGGAAUUGUCAGCUUCUUGAUCCGUGUUCGUUGCCCACCGACUGUGUUGCGGGUCUUUACUGUUCCAAUUGUCCUGCAUUGGGGAAGACUCAGCCCGUCUGCACCAGAGGCCAAACUAUACAACCCACAUCAAUUAUUAAGGGGCUACCUUUUAACAAGUACUCGUGGCUGGUGACCCACAACUCGUUCUCCAUAGUUGAUGCUCCAUCUGUGCUCGGUGUCCCUCGGAUUACGUUUUACAAUCAAGAAGACUCUGUUACUAAUCAAUUAAGGAAUGGGGUGAGAGGGUUGAUGUUGGACAUGUACGACUUCGAGAAUGAUAUCUGGCUCUGCCAUUCGAUACGGGGACAAUGCUACGACUUCACUGCAUUUGAACCUGCAAUCAACACUUUGAAAGAAGUGGAGGCAUUCUUGAGUGAGAACCCAUCGGAGAUUGUUACCAUUAUCAUUGAAGACUACGUGCAUACUCCCAAAGGGUUGACAAAGCUGUUUACUGAUGCUGGGUUGGUCAAUUAUUGGUUUCCUGUCUCAGAAAUGCCAGCAAAAGGCGAAGACUGGCCCACUGUGACUGACAUGGUUGCACAGAAUCACCGGCUUCUGGUUUUCACCUCCAUUCCUUCGAAGGAAGCUGAUGAAGGAAUUGCUUAUCAGUGGAGGUACAUGGUGGAAAAUGAACCUGGAGAUGGUGGGAUUGUACAAGGUUCAUGUCCACACCGAAAGGAAUCACAAGCAUUCAAUUUGAGAAGUGCAUCUCUGUUUCUACAGAACUACUUCCCCACAUUUCCAGUCGAAGCCGAAGCCUGCAAAGAGCAUUCAACUACUCUAACGGAGAUGGUUGCUACUUGUUAUAAAGCAGCUGGAAAUGUGAUGCCUAACUUUCUGGCAGUCAACUUUUACAUGAGAAGUGACGGCGGAGGUGUUUUUGAUACUCUGGACAGAAUGAAUGGCCAGACAUUAUGUGGGUGUAGCUCUGUAACUGCUUGUCAGGCUGGAGCAAAGAUGGGAUCUUGCAAGGAUAUUGCUGCACCUAAUAGAACUUCUCUUACGGGCAGUACUGGGGGCGUUUUCUCUGGAUCUGUUCAGUUUUCAAGUGGAACUUCUCAAUUAUCAAAUCUCUUGGUUCUUGACCUUGCCCAACUUUCAUUAAUAGCAUUGUUGUUAUUAUAACUAAUUACCCACAGAUAUUUGGGGAUAGAUGGCUGCUGAACUUCUCUUCUACUACA